CGCGGAUACCUGUCCUGAGCGGAAAGGAAUAAAUAGUGAACUGGUUCGCUAAUCGGCUAUCAUUCGCUCCCAAAAUACGGUUUCUGUUACUAGGAAUGGGGAAGAGCAAGUCGCCGGAUCCUCCCAGCUUGCAAAAGUACGGCUUCCCUCUCUAUUCAGCUGCUUGGGUUCCCUUGAGGGAAGUCAGAUCCAAGCUCCAAUCUCAAGAUCAUCAACAAUCCGACGGCAAAGAUAAAGAUUCCAGUGAGGAAUCCACUCCUCCUCCUGCUGAUCAGCAGGCAAUCGCCGACGAAUACUACGUCGUUCUUACUGGAGGUGGCGGAGAAGGCCGUAGUGGUAUCCCCAACGCUAUAGUUCUUGCUCGUUUCGAUUUCGCCACCAACACUCUCUCUGCUCAGCCUGUAGCUAAGCUUGGACUAGGUUCUGAUGUGCCUUAUAGAAUGGUUGUUCACCCAGCUGGAGAUGGACUAAUUUGUGCAUUGCCAAAAAGCUGCCGGUAUUUCGACUGGAUUGAAGUCAAGGACAAUGAUAACCUCAAAUUAGAUCUAAAAGAGUCAGGAAAAGUGCUCAACCAAUUAGAAGACAUUGGAAUGCAGCUAGCCUUGGCCUUUAACAGUGAUAGUUCUGCACUUGCUGUUGGUGGCGAGGAUGGCAUUUUAAGGGUUUUCAAGUGGCCUAACAUGGAAAUUAUUCUUGAAGAGACAGAAGCUCAUCCUUCUUUAAAGGACUUAUGUUUCAGCCCUGAUGGUAACUUUCUUGUUUCCUUGGGAGGUCGUCGCCCUGGAAGGGUUUGGGAUUUGACUUCUUCAACAGCAGUAGCUUCAUUAUCAAGGGAAGAUGAUGAGGUUUUUGCCUCUUGCAGAUUUUCUGAAAGCAGUGAUCAGAGUCGGGUUCUUUACAUUGCUGCAAUAACAGACAAAGGUGGAAGUAUUUUGAAAUGGGACACAAACUCAUGGAAGAGGAUUAGCUCAAAGCAUAUAACUCGUGACCCGGUUUCUUCCCUCGAUGUCUCACCUGAUGGAAAGUUCCUUGCAAUUGGUACCAUUCAAGGAGAUGUAAUGCUUAUAAAUUCAAUCAGUAUGCGGGUUCAGACUGUCAUUAAGGAAGCACAUAUUGGCGUGGUAACAGCAUUGGCGUUCUCCCAUGAUUCAAGGGCAUUGCUAUCUGCAUCAUUGGACGCAAGCGCAAGGGUGACACUAGUUGAGGACAAGAAAAGUGGUGCAGGAGGAGGAUCAAGUUUGUGGAUCACUAUAUUCAUAAUUCUAAUAGCAAUUGCUGCCUAUUUCAUGAAGAAUGAAGGACUUCUUCCUUUUUUUAGUUAGUACACAAUUGCCUUGCUGAUUAACUGAGAACUUUUGCCUCUUUUCAUGUCAGAAAAUCAGAGCUUAUCUAAAUCAUGACAAUAUUCAUGAACGUGAUGGUUUUAUUUGUAUGUGACUGAUAUGUUACUGUACAGACGCAGUGUCGUUUUCGGUUUUGUUAAUGGAAAAAUAGGUUUUAUGCA